GAGAGCGUGUGGUGUGGUGGAUGAGUCUGUGCUGAGGGAAGAUGGCCCCUCGUUUCCAAGUGGAAUCCCAGAGCACGGCAAAGGCAGUUUUCUUGAAUUUUUAAUACAUAAUAAUAAAGUUAAAGAAGGAAGCUGUUGAUGCCUGGUGUCAAGCGGCAGCUCCAAAUCUGGGUUUCCAUGGUCCAAGUCUUCAAAAAGCUCAAGUCUUUCUCUUGCGGAGAUUUUUGACACAGAGAUGAGCCGAGGGUCUCUUCUCUGCCCGGCUUGACUGGGACUUCUCUGAUGACUCUGAUCUGGUGCUCAGAAUUGGCUCCUGUAUCUGGGUUUUCUAUCUAUUCCAAAAGUGAGUUGAAUUUUCUUGCUUUCCAGCAGAGAAAGUGGGUUUUUUUCGGCCUCUUUUGUUUGUCUUGAUAAGAAUAUAGAUAAUGCUUGUCUUUUCGUUUUCUAUAGAGCAGUGAUCUUUUCGAUUGAUUUCGGGGUUCUGUAUAUUUGUUGAUUAUCUUUGGAUGGUCUAUCUGUAGAGGGAGGGGGGAAUUUUGUUCAUGUUAUUGAAUUAUGUUCAAACAAUUUCUUAGUAAGCUUCCUAAGAAGUCCUCAAAGUCAGCCGGGAGAGAAUUUGCAGGGGCCUCCGCCCCUGCUUUAGAUGCUUUUGAAGCUUCAAAGAGCAGUGGUGUGGGAAGUGAUAAUCUCGUAAAUCAAAUCUAUGCAUCUGUUUCAUUCCCUCAUUCUGCAUCAAACAGUGGAUAUGAUCAGGUGGAUAGAGUUCCAGUUGCUGCAAAUUCAAAGCUGAAUGGGAAUUCCUUUGCUACUUAUGAAACACUGCCAGGUUUUCGGGAUGUUCCAAACUCCGAAAAGCAGGCCUUGCUCAUCAGGAAGCUGAGCAUGUGCCGUGUGGUAUUCGACUUCAGCGAUGGAAAUAAGUACCUCAAGGAAAAGGACAUUAAGCGACAAACGUUGUUAGAGCUUGUGGAUUAUGUCACUUCUACAAGUGGGAAGUUCACAGAAACUGUUAUGCAAGAAGCUAUAAAGAUGGUAUCUGCAAAUAUAUUUAGGCCAGUUACUCCUCAACCACAUGAACACAAACUUUUACAAGCCUUUGAUGUGGAGGAGGAGGAGCCUGUGAUGGAUCCUGCUUGGCCUCAUCUGCAGAUUGUGUAUGAGUUUUUGCUAAGAUUUGUUGCAUCACCUGAAACAGAUGCAAAAUUGGCUAAAAGAUAUGUUGAUCACUCCUUUCUUCUGCAGUUAUUGGAUCUAUUUGAUUCUGAAGACCCAAGAGAAAGGGAAUACUUGAAAACUAUUCUGCAUAGAAUCUAUGGGAAAUUUAUGGUACACCGUCCGUUCAUCCGGAGAGCCAUUAACAACAUAUUUUUUAAUUUUAUCUUUGAGACAGAAAAGCAUAAUGGUAUUGCUGAACUUUUAGAAGUUUUGCGAAGUAUCAUUAAUGGAUUUGCCGUGCCUCUCAAAGAAGAACACAAACUUUUUCUCAUUCGGGUUCUAAUCCCCUUGCAUAAACCAAAAUGCUUGGCUAUGUAUCAUCAGCCAUUAUCCUACUGUAUUACACAAUUUGUGGAGAAAGAUUGCAAGCUUGCUGAUGCUGUUAUAAGGGGUUUAUUGAAGUAUUGGCCAGUCACCAACAGUUCAAAGGAAGUCAUGUUCUUGAAUGAGUUAGAGGAAGUCUUAGAAUUAACUCAGCUUCCUGAAUUCCAGCGCUGUAUGGUGCCAUUGUUUCGACAAAUUGCUCAUUGUCUGAAAAGUCUGCACUUUCAGGUUGCAGAGAGAGCUUUGUUUCUCUGGAACAACGACCAGAUUGACAACUUAAUUAGACAAAAUCGCAAGGUCUUACUGCCUAUUAUCUUCCCUGCAUUGGAGAGAAAUGCUAGAAGCCAUUGGAAUCAGGCUGUACACGGUUUGACACUAAACGUUCGCAAGAUUUUCUUUGAUCUUGACCCUGAGCUAUUCCAGGAGUGCACGCUCAAGUUUCAAGAAGAUGAAUUAAAGGAAGAAGAGGUAAAGGCAAGACGUGAUGCCACAUGGAAACGCCUAGAAGAUAUUGCAUCAGAAAAAGAUGCAAAAUAAUGCAGGAGUUCUUUGUCGUUCAGGAACCCUAUACACCUUCUUGCAAGAGAGAGAGAGAGAGCGAGAAGCACGCGUACACUUGCAGAUUUCAGCAGUAGAUAGCAUGUCUUCUUAUUUAGUUGAGGAAUGUUUGACUGGUUGAGGAAGAUGAAGCGAAGGCAGAGGAAACUAAAGCAAAAAAUGGAGAAGCUGGGAGUGGUCGCUGGAUAUGAUGGCUACCUCAUCUCUUUGAACUAGACAGAUACAUAAUAGGCACAACUUAAAGAAUACUGACCUUUAAUUCUCUUUGGGGUGUAGCAUAAGUGAUGUUUAUUGAUUGCUCAUUGUCAUUUCUUUGUCACAUAUCUUGCUUUGGUUUAUCAUACCCCAUACAGUCCAAACCGCCUCUUCUGGAUAACAAUUGCAAGUAUUUGCAUAUUUGCACAGACACUUCUAUGUAUAAACAGGAUUGAAGAGUCUAGUCUCUUCACAUGCUGGGGGAUAUAUCUCCAUAGGUGUUUAAAGAAUCAGAUAGUAGGGAGCAGCGAACAUCCGGCCGGUACUGUACACCUUUGGAUUAGUUGUCCUUUGCUUUUAAGUUCUUACUACUCUCCUUGCAUGUUUUAUGUGAUUUCUUUGUUGUUUAUAGAAUGAAAUUUCCCUGGUUGUGAAGUCCAAUUGAUUUCUUCGGCUU